AUGCAGUCGGAAACACCGGGUCUGGCGAUGAGGCGGAAGUCUGGAGGAAAACACCAGAUGGCAGCAUGCUGCUUUUGCAAGAAGCGAAGAAAAAAAUGCGACGGGAAAUACCCUAGCUGCUCUGCCUGUCUCAAGCUGGGGAUCGAUUGCACGGUGAUCGACCCUCCUACGGGAAGAGAGAUCAAACGAAACUACUUGGAGAUCUUAGAAACAAAACUGCAACAGCUCACCACCCAGUUGGAGAGUGCUACUGACGUGCGAAAAGAAAGCUCAAUCGAAGAGCCACAGGCCCAGAAUCCUGCCCCCAGCAAAUCUGAUCUCGCUCAACAGGUUGGGUACAUCACUCUGCAAGCAGCAGGCGAAUCAAGAUACUUAGGAGAAAGCAGUGCAUACUACAUUGCAAAGACCAUCAGCGAGUCGAUCAACUGCUACACCACUAAGCCAAAUACCACUGCGUCUGGCAUUGAAGAGGCCGAGCCUCCGCAAACGGUCUUUUCCAGACCCUCUAUGAAGCUUGCGUCGUCGUAUCUCACUGCAUACAAGAACUAUGUUCAGUGUCAGUACCCGUUUCUGGACUGGAACAGCACGGUGACGAUGUUCCACCAAGUGAUGAACGACGAUUCCCAGGACCCAGAGGCAUUGUUUUUCGUGUACAUCAUAUUUGCCAUAGGAACCCAGCUUCUUGAGGACCGCACUCAGACAUCCAACCAGCGGAGCUACUACGAAAAGGCAUUUGAAAAUAUCGGCUCGGUCAUAGGAGCCACUACUCUGCGUGCUGUCCAAGCGUACUUACUAAUCACGGUUUUUGCCCAGAAAAUGCCCGACGGAUCGUCGUGCUGGCAGACAACAGGACUUGCCAUUCGAACGGCGGUGGCGUUGGGUCUUCACCGCAAACCGUACCGCAACUGUGACGCCAACCUUGAGGACCUCAGGUCACGUGUUUUCUGGUCAGCAUACGGGAUGGAGAGAAUCAACGCUCUGGUUUUGGGAAGACCGUUCAGCAUUUCGGAUGCGGACAUCGACGCCCCGUUCCCGCAGCACUCGGAAGAGACCAGAGUGGCCUGUCACGUGGCACGGCUGCGGAGAAUACAGUCAAAUAUUUGCACCUUCAUUUACAAGCCUGCACACUUAUUAGGGAACCCAGAAGACAUUGAGGCCACGCGCGUGCAGAUAGUUGUGGAGCUGAACGACUGGAUGGCAACGUUCCCGUUCAAGGAUGAUGCGGUUUCAACGUUUGAAACAGACAAUUGGUCGAUCAUCUCGUACCACAAUUCCAUGCUUCUUCUGCUCCGGCCGGUGGUGUUAGAAGUAGCAAAAUUGAGACAAAAGGCCUCCAAAGAGGCUCUUGACUGGUUCAAGAUCUUUACCGAGUCUGCCUCUGCCAUCUGCAUCAACUACAAAAACAUCCACGCGAAAGGGAAGCUCAGCUACACGUGGCUGGCCAUGCACUGCUGUUUCGUGUCUGGGAUUUCGUUCAUAUAUUGUCUUUGGCUCGACGCAGGGCUUGGUGUGCUGAAAUGGAAACGAAAGUCUUCAAUUUACGAGACCAUCAACGCCUGCUCCAGCAUUUUGUAUGUGAUGGCCGAAAAAUGGGCCUCGGCUUGCAUGUUUCGAGACACUUUUGAGCAGAUCUCAAAAGCUGCUCUGUGCCACCUCGAAGCGAGCAGCGAGCAGCCGGCAGAUAUUUCCAACGGCGGACUUCUAGAAGGAGCUAUUGGUAUAGACCACUAUCUGCGCAAUCUGAGCUCGCAGCAAAACCAGAACCAGACAGACGGCAUGGCAUUCGCUCCGCCGAGCAACGACGUUCUCGAAAAGGGUACCGACGGCCAGAUCUCAGACUCGCUGUGGGAGUUUCUGGACACCACCGGAGACCGCUUCUUGCGUAACAUAUUCUAUGACAUGGAAGAUAACCUUCUUCUUUGA